AUGGGAGCACAUCUGGCGCUCCACGAUAUCCAUCCCGUGCCUUAUUUCGCACAGAUGGGCUCCUGUGUAUUGGUGUGUAUCGACUUUGGGCGACGGUCAGCAGCAGGCAGUCAGAUAUGCCUGAAUGGAGAAGAGAGGAAGAGGCGGAAACUCUGGCGUCUGGAAUCUUGGAUACGUGAUCUGGGCAACGAGCUCGCACGUCGUAGCUGGUACUUGUGUAAUUGUUGGAUACGGUACGGUCCGUUUGAUGAGGCGGCAGACAUCGAGAGCAAGGGUGUCGUUUACUGUGUUCUGCACCAGCCCCAAGUCCAACAGCCAGGCGGACGGGAGGAGGCUGGAGCAGGCGGUUGA